AUGGCUUCCUUCACCCCCGCGGUCGACAGCAAGACUGCCCAGGAGACAAGAAAGCAAGCUGACGCCGUCAUCUCGCGGGGGGUUGAUACCACUACUCUUCGUGAUGACCCGGAAGCUAAAGCAGCGUUCCUAGCUACCUUCACGGCCGAAGAGGAGAAGAAGAUUAUGCGCAAGGUCGAUCAGCAUUUCUUCCUCUUGAUUGGGUUGAUGUUCUUGAUCAAGACGGUCGAUUUCACCAAUGCUGCCAACGUCAAGGUCCUUCAAGUGGGCCAGGAAAGCAACAUCCUCAAAGAGCUUCACAUGACGCCCAAUCAGUACAACUGGGUGCAAUCAAUCUACUAUAUCGCCUACAUCAUCUUUGAAACUCCUAGCAACUUGAUGCUCAAGUGGAUUGGUCCGCAUCGCUGGCAGUCUCGCAUUUUCCUCACCUGGGGCAUUGUCCUUGCUUGCCAUGCCGCCGUCAAGAACCGCGCAUCGCUUCUGGCCCUGCGUUUCUUGCUGGGAAUGAUGGAAGCUGGUCUUUUCCCCGGAGUCAUCUGUCAACUGACCAGCUGGUACCGGACCGAGGAGAUGGGGAACCCAACGUCGUUCUCCCAGGCCGUUCAGGGCACGGCGUCCAUUGUGGGAUCCUUACUGGCUUAUGGAAUCAGCUAUAUGAACGGCAAGGGUGGAAUGAGCGCGUGGAGAUGGGUAUUUCUUCUGGAAGGCCUUUUCACCAUCGUCUUCUCCGGUUUCGUCUGGUACUUCCUGCCAGACUACCCAAAGUCUCCCCGCAGCGACAAAUGGCUCACCAAACGCGAGCAAGAAUUCAUCGAGACCCGUUUGACGGAGAAUACACCUCUGACGAGCGACCCGUUGUUCAGUAAAAAGGAAGUUAUCGCAGCGCUUAAGGCUCCCACGACUUGGUCAUUUGGAUUUAGCCACUUGUUUGUCAACAUGGGCGGGUAUUCGUUAACCUGGUAUCUGCCAACCAUCCUAACGGACUUGGGAUUCGCAAAGCUGCCCAAAAAUCAGCUCCUCAAUAUCCCUCCCGCGGCUGGCUCCAUCAUCGGGGUCUUACUUGCGGCCUUCUUACUUCGCCAGGCGUUGAUGCCUCGACCGGCCCUGCUCAUGAUAAACUUUGUCGGAAUGGUCGUCUGCUUCGUCCUCUUUUUCACCAUCGACUCUCGAGGAGGACUCUACGCCGCCUGCAUUCUCGGCCAGUUCUUUUACCAAGGAUCUUUUAUGCCCUUUUGGGCGUGGCGAUCCAUCACCCUCAAAGGCUCGACCGGAGCUGCAUUGUCUUUGGCAAUCCAGAACUCCAUGGGCCAGGUUGGAGGGGUGGUUGGUCCUCAGCUCUUCCAGUCCAAGUGGGCCUACAAUCGAUACAAGACCAGCUUCGCCAUCGCUGCAUCCGGCAUCAUUGCCGCUGUGUUCACCAAUCUAUUAUCUUGGUGGCUGACGAAAGACCUGGAGAUGGAUGUCCUACGUAUUGCCAAGCUGAAGCGCAAGGCACGCAAGGAAGGGACAGUCUUUGCUGCCGAUGAUGUGAAGGUUUUCGACCAGAGGAAGUAUGAUUCCGUGGUGAGGUUGAAGAGCAAGAAUGCACAUGGCGAGGCUGUGCUUGCUCCAACUGUGUAG